CAAUCCUCCCACGCAGAUUAAAUUCUAUAUGGCAGAAUGCAUGCGGAAUUAGGCUUGGAAUUCUUCGAAUACUGACACAAAGAAUCUAUGUUACCAUGGCAGGGAUAUCAAAGAGGGUCAACCAGUGGCAGAAAUUCUUUGACGAACACGAACAAAAACAGAAAAUAAACCCCUUCUCUGAAUGGGAGGGGGCCUCACAUCGUCAGAAACUGGACAAAAAUGACCCUAACUACGGACGCCCCGUGGAGGGAUCUAUGACAGAAUAUAGGGGUCAAAAGGCCGGAGAACUCAUCAGCGGAGAAAUCGUGGAACUAUGUCACGUGAUCGCUGAUCUUGGACAAAAGAACGCGGAUGGAACAUUCAGUAUAUCCUUUGGAAAUCUAUUCGAAGCAUACACAACGAUAUCAAACAAACUGGUGGGGAUGUUGAUGCGUGCACGAAAACAAAAAUUAUUAACUUUUCCUGGAGAAAUGUUAUUUCAGAGACGAGAUGAUGACGUUACAAUUACUUUAUUUAAAAUUCCGUAUACCACGUGAUUAAUAUUUAAAAAUAAUUUAUUUAAGUUUUUAAUAAAUAAAAGAAUUUUU